AUGUCAUUUCCUCCUUCGAGUCCACGUUCGACACUACUCCAGUUUGUUAGGCUUACCCGUACGCAGACUGUAACUUGCUCGUCAUGCUGUGCUGGUGCCAUUGGGAACCGUGAUUUCAAGGUUCCGUUUUCAUUACAACUAUUCACGAAGCCCUCCCGACUCACUGUCACCAAAACGAGGAGUCCGAAGGAGCUGCCUCCCUCUAGGAGCCUUACUUUCGGACAAACAUUCUCAGACCAUAUGUUGAGAAUCCCCUGGACUGACGCCACUGGCUGGGGGACACCCAGCAUUGUGCCUUUCAGUACUAUCAAUCUGUCCCCUGGCUCUACCAUGCUUCAUUAUGCUCAAUCUUUAUUUGAGGGUAUGAAAGCCUACAGGCAUGCGGAUGGCACCGUGACCUUAUUCCGGCCUGGAAUGAACAUGAAACGUAUGAACACCAGCGCACAGCGGCUAGUGCUUCCCACAUUCAACAGCAACGCGCUUAUUGAAUGUAUAAAGGCGUUGAUCACCAUUGACCAUAAAUGGAUACCUAAUGAGCCCGGGCACAGUCUUUACAUCAGACCCACGUUAAUUGCCACGAAUAGCACGUUAGUUAUUGCUCCCCCAAAGGAAGCACUACUUUUUGUGAUCACCUGCCCUGUAGGGCCAUACUACCCUCAAGGAUUCAAGCCUGUGCCAUUAUAUGGCACUACGGAGUAUAUUCGCGCAGCGCCUGGAGGCAUCGGUGCAUAUAAACUUGCCGCGAACUAUGGUCCCUGUGUCGUCGCACAAAAAAAUGCAGCUAAUCAGGGCUACGCGCAAAACUUGUGCGAGCUCAUUACGCCUCCUCUUGACGGAAUGAUUCUCCCGGGUGUCACCCGCGAUUCUGUGUUAGCGCUCGCGCGUAACCAUGUUUCCGGCGUUAAGCGCCUCCAAGGUCUUCCUGAUACCAUCAAGGUCUCGGAGCGUCCCAUCAACAUGGGCGAGAUCAUCCAAUCCUCGAAGGAGGGUCGACUUGUCGAGUUAUUCGGAACUGGCACGGCGGCUGUUAUCAGCCCUGUCGAGAGAAUUGGGUACAACGGAGGUGAUGUCAUGAUACCAACUGGUGAGGACGGUAUGGGUCCCGUCUCGAGGCCACUUUGGACAGAAUUGGUGGGUAUCCAGACGGGAGCUAUCAAAAGCGACUGGAACUACGUGGUAGCAGCGAAGUAG